CUGAAGCUUUGUGUUACUGAACUUAGUUGUAUGUCAGUUCGGUUCAAAGCCGUCUCUCACUUCUGGCUAUUAUAUUCUCCUUUCAUUCAGUUAUAAUUCACGGUUUCUGCCUCAAAUGCUGUUAUCGAAAUAAUGUAUUACUCAAACUACUGGAUGUGGACUUAUCAACUACAAGGGAAACAUAAAGUAGAUACUUAAUCUGUCAUUGAAGCUGGUGUUGCUGAUGCAGUCAACAGUUUUGAUCAGUAAGCCCUUUAUGUUGAGUUACACAUCUCCAAAGUAAAAAAAAAAAAAAAAAUCUCCAUGUACCAAAGUACCUCUAGAGUCAAGAGGGACCACCCAAACUGCAGUGUUACUGUGGUGGUGGCUGUACAUACCUCAUUCUCACUGGGGGGUGAGAGGGUACUGGACCUGACAGUGUUUCCUUGACUAUGACUGAAACGCAAACCAGUUCCAGACAUUCCGGUGAGGGACUACAGAGAAGAAAUGGUGGGUCCAGAAAUGUUGUCGGAAUCAGAAUAUGACAAUGAUAUCUACGACAAUCCACGGCAAGUGCACAAUAUCAACUAUGAACCACCUCCCAGCCACAGAGUCUUUACCAGGACGUUAUCUUCAUCCCUCCCUGCAGAGGCCUAUCUUGACGGUUGCAAUUACAGGCCAAACCUGGAACACAGAAAGGCAGUCAAACGAUCCAAAGAACCACAGCGAUCGCACCCACAGCCCACCCAUAUGGGCAGUAAUGAUGAUGACUAUAUCAAUCCAGAUGGCAGUAAUGAGGAUGACAAUUACGUAGUACCUGCUGAGAACCCCCCUUCUGCUUUUUGUGAUACGCUGGGCAAAGAGGAACACCAGGCUGAAAGUGACUCAAAAUAUACAGUGGGGGAUCAUGUCGAUACUUCCUCUCAUGGCACUGGUCAACAGGAACCAGCUCCCUUUUAUUCACCCAAACCUAUGCCCAGACUGUUGCCAGAACCCCCUUUAAGGCAUAACUUUGAGUGCCGAAAGCUGCCGAUGAUUCACACAGAUCGCAGACCACAUCCUCCAAAAUUCCCUACUCUGGACAUGAAGCAGUCAAAAAUACCGCUUCCAAAUGUUUCUUUCCUUGAACAAACUGAAAGCCAUUCUGAUGAAAAUUGGACUAAGGACCAAAACAAGGAUGCAGACAUCUAUGAAAAGCCAUGGUUUGCUGGGGAAUGUGACCGCAAGACUGCUGACCAGCUGUUGUUUCACGCAAAUGAAGAUGGGGCCUUCAUGGUGAGGAAGAGUUCUGGACAGGACAUAAAUCAGCCCUACACACUAGUCGUGUACUAUCACGGCAAGGUGUACAACAUCCCAAUCCGGUUUAUACACACAAGACAGCAGUAUGCAUUGGGGACUGAGAAGAAAACAGAAGUGUAUUUCCACAGUGUCUCUCACAUCAUUGAAAAACAUCAGAAGAAACCACUGGUGCUCAUAGACAGCAAGAGUAACAGCAAGGGUGCAGUCAUGCUGUGCUUUCCUCCGAAACGGCCAACCACAUCUGGACAUCACCACACUUCUGUGUUCUCCCCUAGUUUGCAGAACCCAAGGGGUCCGCAGGUCACGUGGCACUAAAUUAGUAGACUCAGGAGACUUGGAACAUGAUUUAUUGAGAUGCUUUGCAACGCUCAUUUAGUAUUCAAAUUUACAAAAAAGCCAGACUUUAACUGUAGCGGAUGCAGGAUUCUUUAAUUAGUCAGCAACUCACAAAUUGUAAUUUUCAUUAAAUAAAGAAAUAUAUAACUCAGUCUCUUUAAUUAUGUCACCAGGAAAACAACUUUAUUCUCUGAUCAAAUAGCGUUCAUGCAGAUUUGUUGCAUAACAAAAAAAAUUAAGGCACUUUGAGAAAUACAACUUAUUCUUGAGUACCACUAGCUCAACUAUGUACAGUACAAUUAUAAAUCUCUCCUCUGAAUUGAAGAUUUGAUAUUUACACUGAGUUCUAAAAAGGGAUGGUCCUUGAGUGACACAAACGCAGAUACACACCACAGUUCCUGUGCUGUCAAUACUGAGAUGUCAUGCUUUAGGAAAUGUUUUGCCACAGGAGGACACCUGUCGAGACUGCUGUCAGCUUGGGGUGAGGUAAUGGAAAUAGAAAUCCUCCUUUCAUAGUGCAAGUAAAAAACUAGAUUAGCAUCUUCAAGUCAAACAAAAGUAAACUAAUUGGGGGAAAACAACCAAUCAAGGUCAGAUUAAAAAAGAAAAUCUAUCAUUUGCUGACAUCGUAGAACAACUUUAGGUAUAAAAAUGUAGCACGUUAAAGAAAAUCUGCCCCUGUUAAAUGAAUGCAUGAAAAUAUAUGUCAUAGAUAAUACUAGAUUUGAACAUUUCGAAUUUACAAAACAUUUACAAGAAAUAUUCCAUUGGCCUCAAAAUAAUUUCCAUUCAUUAGAGCCAUAAA